AUGUCUUCUUUUUCAAAGAGCAACUUUAACUCCGAAGGAUACAAGCAGUCCAGACCACAAUACCCAUUGGAGUUCUACAAGCACUUGCAACAAUACCACAACGGUAAAUGUGAUUUGAUUGUCGAUGUUGGGUGCGGUCCAGGUACUGCUACGUUGCAAUUGAGUGAGGUCUUCAAUGAUACUAACGAAAUUAUCGGAACUGAUUAUUCCGAAAGAAUGAUCGAGGCCGCCAACAAUGGAAACCCAGCCAAAAACGUGAACUUUCAUGUUGCAGGCGGUGAAGACUUUACCUUUCUCGGUGAAAGACAAAACAAGCGUCAAUGUGACAUGGUCGUCUCUGCUGAAGCCAUCCAGUAUUUCAACCUCGAUAAAUUCCAGGAUGAAGUGCACAAGAACUUGAGAGCUGACGGAACACUUGCUUAUUGGGGUUACUUGGAGCCUGUUGUAUUGGAAUUACCAGCAGUCGAUGAUGCCUUGUAUGACUUUUGCUUUGGAGAGGAAAAAUUGGCCCCAUAUUGGGAAAAACCCGCUGUAGACAUCAUUGCAAGCUAUUACCGCAACAUAAAGUUGAACGACUCUUUAUUCAAGGAAGUCGAUUUGAAGGUCUAUAAUCCACGUGAAGCCAAUUAUGAAUCUGCACCAUUCAAAAUGAUUUGUGAAAUGACUGUCCAGAACUUGAGAGAAUAUUUGCAAACAUGGGGUAUUUAUUAUAAAUGGAAGCAUGAUCCAAAGAAUGCCAAUAAGAAGGACAUUAUCGAUGAAGUUAUAGAUAAGAUUUUGGAGAACAAUUACGAUCUUGACACCAAAAUCCAUGUUUCAUGGAAAACUUUCUAUACAUUUGCAAGGGCAAUUUGA